AUGUUUGCUUUGCGUGUUGGAAGACCCGUUGUGGAUGCGGUUGCACCCAGCGUUAGACUUCAAACCCGGAACUAUGCUACGUUGAAGGAAAUUCAACUUCGACUCAAGUCAGUAAACAACAUCGCAAAGAUCACAAAAUCGAUGAAAAUGAUUGCAUCGACGAAAAUGACUCGAGCCCAGAAAGCAAUGGAGAUUGCCAGAACGUUCGGGAGAACUCAAACAGCUCUAUUCUCUCAUGCAGACACUAAGUCAGCUGACGAUGCCCGAACAAUUGUAGUCACUGUUUCCUCUGAUCGUGGACUUUGUGGUGGUAUUCAUAGUAGUGUUUCGAAAGCUUCUCGUCAGAUUCUCGAAGAAAAGUCUGGUGUCGAAGCCAUUGUUCUUGGUGACAAAGCGAAAGCACAAUUGUCACGAACACACAGAGAAAACAUUAAGCUGUCCUUUAAUCAAAUUGGAAAAAACGUCCCAACGUAUGCUGAAGCUUGUGCCAUAGUGGACACUAUUCUGAAAGAGAAAACAGAAUUCGAUCAGGCGAUUAUUGUUUAUAAUUACUUUAAAAGCAUAAUUUCUUAUUAUGCGGAGACGAUUCCAGUAUACUCGGAGGCCGUUUUUACGAAGUCUGGCAACUUCGCGGCAUACGAAAUCGAGGACGAUGUGCUGGAGAAUCUCCAGGAAUUUGCGUUCGCGAAUGCAAUCUACUGGGGUCUCGUUGAGAGCCAUGCAGCCGAGAUGGCUUCUAAGCGUAGUGCUAUGGAGAAUGCCACAAAGAAUGCUGGAGAAAUGAUAGAUAAAUUGACAUUAACGUAUAAUCGUGGUAGACAGGCUGCCAUUACAAAUGAAUUGGUUGACAUUAUUACGGGUGCAUCUGCUCUUUGA